GAGGAAGAGAGAGCGACACACAGAGAGAGAGAGAGAGAGAGAGGGAGGUCAGUCACACAGAGGGAGCGAGAGAGUGUGAGAGAGGAAGAGAGAGCGACACACAGAGAGAGAGAGAGCGAGAGCUAGAGGGGGCUCUCUCAGGAAAACAGUUUCCAGCACUCUGCAGCUGCUGACCAGACGCCGUUAGAAACAGGAUGUUGAUGCUGGACGGGAUGCCUGCAGUCAGAGUCAAAGCAGAACCCCUGGACUCCCGGCAAGGGUCUCCGAAAUCGCACAGCUACCCGGACAUGGACCCGCCCCCCCUGCUCCGCAGAGUGAAGCCGGAGCCCCGCCCCUCGGAGCCCCUCCUGUUCCACACGCAGACGGAGCCCGUGGACCUGUCAAUCAACCGGGCCCGGACCACGCCCCCCUCCGCGCCCUCGCCCACGCGCCCCGCCCACUCCCCUUCGUCCUCCUCUUCCUCGCCUUCCUCCUCAUCCUCGCCCUGCCCCUCGGUGAUCACCUCGGCCCCCCCCGCAGUGCUGACCCCCUCAGGGGGGGUCCGGGGACCCCAGUUCUUGCACAUCAUCCACCCGGUGCCGCCGCCGGCCAGCCCCGUCACCCCGGGCCACCUGCACCGCAUCCCGGUGGUGGUGCAGUCCCUGCCGCUCAUGUACACGGCCGUGCGCUCCCCCGGGAACGUCGGGAACGUCGGGAACAUCAGCAACACCAUCAUGCUGCCUCUGCUGGAGGAGGGCCGGGGCCAGGACAAAGGGAGGAUGGACCCAAACGGCCUGUCGCCACGACUCAUCAAGAGUGACAGCGACGACGACGACCUGCCUAACGUCACCCUGGACAGCGUUAACGAGACGGGGUCCACCGCCCUGUCCAUCGCCCGCGCCGUGCAGGACUCCAUGUCGCCAUUCAGCAUCGAGGGCCUGCGGCGGUCCAGGCGGUCCGAGUCGCCCGACUCCAAGAAGAGACGCAUCCACCGCUGUGACUUUGAGGGAUGCAACAAGGUGUACACCAAGAGCUCACACCUGAAGGCCCACCGCAGAACUCACACAGGAGAGAAGCCGUAUAAGUGCACGUGGGACGGCUGCACGUGGAAGUUUGCGCGGUCGGACGAGCUGACCCGGCACUACCGCAAGCACACGGGCGUGAAGCCCUUCAAGUGCGGGGACUGCGACCGCAGCUUCUCCCGCUCCGACCACCUGGCCCUGCACCGCCGCAGACACCUGCUCGUGUGAGAGACGCUCGCACGCACACACACAGACACGCGCGCGGGGGGAGCCGGGACUCGCCCCGAAAACACGCUCAGCUGGGCUGAGCGCACCCUCGUUUCCCCUGCCCCGGAGAGAGAGAGAGAAAGAGAGAGAGAGAGCGCACACAGGGUCUGGUCCUCCGAGCCUGCGGGGGGCAGCCUGGCAGCUGCCACACUCGCCGCGUUCGGAGUGAAAGGAACCGCUCGUUCCAGCACUGUUUUUAAAAGCAAAGGUUCUCUUGUUUGUUGUUGUUUUUCCCCAUUUCGCUCCUCAUCUGGACACACAGGUAUGAAGGCUGUCCUCCACCACAACUCUUCUUCUGUUUUGAUUUGACCUUUUUUUUUCUUCUCCAUCUUCAAUCAAACGGCUGCUUUUCUGCGUCUAUAAUGUGAAAAACUCUGCUCACGGAUUGGCUGGGCCCCAGGAACACACAGUGGCCUGGAACAGGGUUGUUGCACAAUGCCCCCCCUCCCCCCCGCCCCAACCCACCCAUCGCCUCGGCGACAGGCGUCUCAAACGCCAGGGACACACACGUGAGCCAGACUCUGAGAAACAGAGGCAGCUGUGUUGAGUAUUACCCCAGAAGGACAGGUAAUGAGUCAGCUCUUUCCUCACCCAGCAUACAGCGCACACACCACGAAUAUGUACACGCUACAUACGCACUUCAGUGUUCGUUCUCAUCAAGUGAAUUUCUCCAGCUCAUUAUCUUAAAACAUGUACAUGUCUAACAAUGUAUACAUCAGUUACAGAAGACACUUUGCCAGUAAUCUAUAACUGUCCUCAACGUAUGCUUCUUGAGAGCCUAUUAUUUGCUUUGUUAAGUUUCUGUCUAGAAAAGUGUUAUCGGUUUCAUUCUGUGCUGUGAUUCGCAAUCAGUAAAGUGCAAUUUCACGAGUUUAUCGUAAACAUGAAUAUACGUUUGUGUUGAGCUCACCGUAUCUUAAUCUGCCUGCUUUGGAACAAAACCCGGACUAAAAAUCGAGAAAAAAAACAGUAACAGUAUUUUUAAAACUGCAGAAUUGUUAUUACCAGUAUGUAUUGAUUAAAACUCUCUUAAGCUCUCGACGCUCAAAUUAAGUGUUACAUUCACGUCAUUAAUCCCGAAAUGAGUUGAUUAUGUUGGUGUCACUGGUGAGAAGGCAGAUGUUUUUUGGUGAAAUUGCCCAUCAGCUGUGCAGUAUUUCAGGGUACCUGAAUGAUGAUGUGUGUUUGUGUUUUCACCACUGUUUCCUUUUUCAUAAUCCUUUAGCCGUAACUUUUUAUUACACUCAGAAACAUGUUAACUCCCCCAUAUAGUAUAACUGAACCUUAAUUGGCUUUUCACAUCAGCUUAAAUGGCUGAUGGGCUGAUUAAGGCAGCAGGCAGUUGGUAAUGUCUGCGAUAAAAAGUGUGCCACCUUGUGGUUUAAUAUGCCGUGCUUUUUGUUCAUACUGAAUCCUUAGCAAACAGCAUCAUGGUUACCUAAUAAAACGGAUUCCAUUUGAGGAACAGAACUGGGGUAGCAUCACAGACCAUGAGAUUAAAGCAGUGCUAAUUUGCCUGAAAGACAUAGAUGCUUUUCCAUUACCGACAUUGCCAGCUCAAGGAUUUUUAUCAUUUAUAUAAAAUAAGUGUUGAGCCUCAUACUAAUAUUGUCUUACUCAAUAUUUAUAUGAUACAGACACACACGCACCCACACACACACAAACACACACACACACACACCUUUAAGCUUUCAGCUAUGGUGUACUUCUUGCUAACAAGUGCAAUUAAAUAAAAGCAAAAUUAGAACAAUAAAAAAACAUUGGAAAAAUUUAACUUAUCAAGAAAAGUCUCAUUGUAUCUUAACAUUUCUUCAAGAACGACAGGUUUUUAGUGUGUAAAAGCACAUGCCAAACAGAUGUAUCCAUACAGUAGUUGCACAAUGUGAAUAAUGCUGUGUUAGCAUUGAGUGUAUUCUUAUGAAAGGCCUGACCCACGAGGUGUAGGCUUCUGCUCACACCAGGAAGCACAGCUCUGUGUAAAAGUCUCAGGCACACGUAAAGAUGCUUUCAAAAAUAAUGAAAGUCAAAGUAUCUAAAUAUCCAAAAAUGUCCUAAAAAAAGCAGCAAAUGGUUAAAAAUUAAACAAAGUGAAUAUUUGUUGUGACCACCCUUUGUGACCUGCCUUCAAGUCUUAUAGUACACUGCCCUGCAGUUUGAUAAGGACGUCAGCUGCCACAGUUCUGCAGACUUUGGCUGUCUCGCUUACUUCUGCCUCUCCAGGUAAUCCCAGACAGCCUCAAUCAAGUUUUUAAGUGAAAAGUGGUCUAUUUACUUAAUAUGUUACUUUAAUAAAAUACAUUUCCCUAACAUUACAUUUGGAAACUGAAUGUUUGGAAAUCUCAAAUCAUUGACACACUAAUUUAGAAAACAAAACAAAAAAUAUCUAUAUCUUACAAACAAAAUCUGCGAUGCCUAAGACUUUUGCUCAGUGCUGUGUCUGAUUUAGCUUCUGAUCCUGAUGUGCUUUUCAUUCUCACAGAAUUCACUAAUCUAUCAGUGUGUAUUUUGCACUAUAUUUUCAUACUUGGAUCUAAACUUUUACGAAAUAAUUUUGGGGAAGAAAAUUUUAAAAAUAAUUUUGCUCUGAUCACCAUUGCAGAGGGAACAUUGAAAGAGGCCGAAAUGUAAUGUGCCGUGUACUCUAAUAUUAUUUUUAAAUAUCUACCAUUCACCCUGGAAACAAUUUUUGCUACUUGAUUACAAUUUAGAGUUUAAAUUUGUACCGAAAUAGUAGAUUUAUAUAUAUAUAUAGAAAAAGAUUUUCAUUGUAAAAGAUCCUUCCUCUCCACAACACAAGGAAGCAAUAUUUAAAAGUAACCAGCUUUUUUGUGAUUGCAUCAUUUUAACCAAGAAAUAUCUUCUUUAUCAAAUUCUAAAGAGGAAUACCAGCCCUUGUAAAUCACCUCACACACACACACACAUAAUCACACACACACACACACGCACACACACUCUCACACACACACACUCACACAAACACACGCGCACCAACGCACACACACGCACGCAUGCACGUUUGCACAGGAAAUGAAAACACAACUCAACUGCCAGGGAAUAACCAGUGAAAGUGUAAGGAGAGGUGCAGCCAGUGGUUGGAGAGUGCUGUUAUGUGUAAUUAUGUCUUCUGUGAACCAUUUUACUGCUGGGUAAUUCUGUGUGCACAUUUCAUAAGGUCAGUCGCAGGUCACAUGACCCUGCUAGCCAGUGUAGAAUUGCCCCCCCCCCC